AUGGCGCCCUGCAAAAGUGAACAGAGUUUCGAGCAGAAGCAAAGCGCGACAAUGGAGAUUCUGCCAGGCGAACUAGUGCGGGUCGUUCUGUCGAAGCUGGCGGCGCAGGACCCUCCAUCAUUGCUGCGGGCCACGUGUGCCUGCAAAGCCAUUUACCGGGAGGUGGAAGGAGACUCUAAAUUUUGGAAGGAUGGAUUCUUCGGCGGAGAUUCAGAUAUUGGAGAGCACUGCAAAGACGAGAGCCUGGAAGCUGAGAUUUUGUUGGUAGGGGGGUACAAGCGGCUAGUGAAAGCUCGGUGGGAGGUGACAGAGUCCUCGGGUUUUGAACGAAGCCGGGAGUUGCUUUCACCGUGUAGUUCCAAGACUUCCAGUUUUGAUGGAAGUAGAGAAAUUAACGUCAAAUACCUUGUCCUGGUGAGAGACCAGAAGAGGCUCAUCUUGUGGGGCUUCUUAAAGUUCACGCCAUCGGGGGACGUUAAUCUCGGCGAUUUGACACUCACUGCUGACACGGUAAAAAAGUCUGGUCAGUGGACCUUUCUGGACGUUUCCUUUCCGUGGGUCCUGCGCUUUGAGGAGACAAAACUUCUCAUUUGUCCCAAUGUUUCCAACGCCCAAGCUCUCCCCGCCAACCAGUCGCUUCCGGAGCCGACCCUGGUGAAUGAGUUCCUGCUUAGCAACCAGUUGAACUGGACCAAUCCAGUGCUCGGGAAACCUCCCCGACCGCUCCAAGUGAUCAAGUGCCAAUCGCUGACAAAACCGGUGUACGACUUCUAUCGAAUCGAGGCACCCACGAAUACUUGUCAGAUCCCGCCUCCUGUUGUGAACGUUCUCCACCCCAAGCACACUCCCAAAGUGCUCCGCAUCCUUCUGGGCAUAACCAUCUUCCUCGGCGUUGUCAUCGACGGCCUGUCCGGGUCGGGAUCGAAUUCAGACCAGCAAACGCCCCCGGUGGUCUGCUUUAAGACCAAAGAAGGGAAGAAGGCCAGAAAGCGCAACCCACUCUGUCAAGGACUUCUGAUUUUGACCUAUGUCGUCACCUUGCCGGUGCUCGUUUACCUUAUUAUUUCGGUUGCUCGCAUGGUGCCGGGAGGGGUCAAGUGCUUCACCACGGAUACCAGAGUGGAGCGACUGGGGCCGGUGCCUCUACCCGAUCCCGCAAAAGGUUUGAACCAGUACCUGGCGUCUAGGUCCAACGGGACCAGCCUGACUCUUCAGUCCUGCAAGAACGACCGCUUGCAAAUCUACGCUCUCGCUCCGGACGGCUGCGGACGUCUGGCGGAUCCGUACGGCGGCCGCUCACCGGACAACGAGCUGCCGGCCCGUAUCCGCGCCAUGUGUCCAAAGUUACUGAACGCGUGGAGUGCGAAGGAUUUGGUUUAUGGCGCGCUACCGUGCUUGGCGAUGGCGAUAGCCAGCUGGUUUCUGGUACUGGACUGCUCGUUACCCCUGUGCGAGUGCGAGGAGUGUAAGAAGAAGCGGCAGAGGCGGGCGGAAGUUGCGACACAGACGGAGGAAGCUCCGCGUCAGCAACCUGGAGGGGCUGUCUAA